AUGUUUAACGCGACUAAUGAUCAGGUCAAAGACCGCGACAGCAAAGCCAUCGAAGAGCUUGUUACAAACCGCGACGAUAAACACAACACGCAACCGGACCUUUACAACUCAUCCAUCAUGGCAGGAGCCGCCGAUAAGAAUGAUCCGCAGCAGCCAAACCAGGCAGAGCCCUUGGCGAGCACCCCAAAGGGAAAGGGCAACUCCAAGCCAGGCCCGUUGAGCGAGCCGGAGCGAAUCGCAGCACGCCUGGAGAUCGCCAGAGUCCUGGAAAGCAUUCCCAUCGAGGAGGCAUCAUCCAUAACGGUUCAUUGGGUGCUUGAGCUUCUCAUGGACAUGGGCAUUGACCCGUCGGUCGGUUUCGAAGAGUUCGUCGCCGAGAAGUUGGUCAACGGCAAUCAGUUAUUCGCCGACCAGUAA